AUGUCCCGCCCCUGGAUCCUCGUCUCCCCCUCCAGCCGCGGCAUAGGCCGCCACCUAACCCGGCACCUCCUCCAGACCACGCGGGCCCCAAUCAUCGCGACCGCCCGCGCCGACACCACCGCCGCCAAGGACCACAUCCUCUCGGGCCUCCCCGGCGCCGAGGACCUCGCGCCCCGGCUGAAAGUCGUCAACCUCGACGUCACCUCGGAGCCCAGCGUCCGCGCCGCCGCCGAGGAGGCCGCCGCCCUCUUCCCGACGUCCACGCACCACCUGCGCCUCGCCCUCGCCAUCCCGGGCAUCCUGCGCCCGGAGAAGGCGCCGUCGCAGGUCGAGUACGACGCCGCGCUCGAGACCUUCCGCGUGAACACGCUGGGGCAGAUGAUGCUGAUGAAGCACUUCUCCGGGUUCCUCCCGCGCAAGACGGCCGCGCUGGGGAGCGGCGGCGAGGACGAGGAGGGUCUGCCGCCGGGGCGGGCCGUGUGGGCCGCCAUGUCGGCGAGGGUCGGGAGCACGUCGGACAACCGCAAGGGCGGGUGGUACAGCUACCGGGCGUCCAAGGCCGGGGUGAACAGCCUGGCUAAGAGCCUGGACCUCUGGCUGGGGACGCGGAGCGGGGAGAAGGCGAUGGCGGUGGCGUAUCACCCGGGGACGGUGAAGACGGGGCUGAGCGAGGCGUUUUGGGAUACGGUGCCGGAGGGGAAGCUGUUCGAGCCCGAGUAUGCGGUGGAGCGGAUGUGCAGCGUGCUCACGAAGGAGGUGGGCAUCGAGGGACGGGGGAGGUGUUGGGAUUGGGCCGGGAAGGAGAUUUUGCCGUGA